AUGGAUAAGCUUUCUGGUCUCGCAUCCAAGCUCGGCGGUGGCAGCAGCUCCUCCGGCUCGAACACCAACCAGGCUGCUGGUAAUGAGGAUUAUCUUGACAAGGGUCUCGAUUCCGUUGAAAAGAAGUACGGCGGCGGCAAGGUCGACCCCGCUAAGAUGCGCUCUACAAACGAGAAGAUUACCGAUACCGUGCGUGAGAAGUUCGAGGGUGCUACUGGCAAGAAUGUCCCCGACAAGUUCUCCAACUAG